AUGGCCAUCAUCGAUCAGGCCUUUCUCGACGGCGCCCAUGCCGUCGCAAGGGCUGUCGCGCGGCAGGCCACAGACACAACCACUGCAGCCGUCACGUCCGCCAUCUCUUCGGCCAUCAGCAGCGCCACAUCGGCAGCAUCCACGGCAGAUGCAUCAUCCAUCACCAGUUCGGCGGCAUCGCCUACAUCUACCUCAAGUGACUCUACUGAUCCAACCUCCACCUCAAACCCGAACAAUGGAAACAGUGGUGGCUCGGGAACGAGUUCUCCCCUGCUAUUUUUCGUCGCUCUCGGAUUUGGUGUAGUCUUCACAAAUCUUUGGAUCAUUGUUGGUGUUAAGUACUGCUUCCGAUACAAUGCUCGCAACCGUCAAUUGCGUGGGCUUGACGAGAAUGGAGAGCCUAUCAACCUGGAGAAUAUGCCCACCAGGCCUCACCGUCGUCGUCGUGAGAAGAAACUCAUGACCAUGGAUGAGGUCAACGAAAAGUUCCCCAUGAUGAAGUACAAGACAUGGGUUGCUGGUCGUGCAAAGGAUGGCCUGCCCACGGCAGGAGGUGUUUCAGCACCACCAAGUCGAGCCGGCAGCGUCAGAAGCGUGGAAGGAAUUGUUCCCGAUGUGCCUGCCAAGGAGAUGGGCUCUGCCGACGACAUUAAAACAGCUGCAGAUGUCCCCAGAACUUCGGAUUCUGCGGAUGCGACUCAUGAUCAUGACAAUGCUCUCACUCAGACUCAAACACGCGGAAGUAUCAUGACCAAGGAUCCAGAUCGGGCACACGCUAGCGACGACGAAGAGGACGAUGACCACAUCAAUGCUGCUGUUCCACCUGAGCUUCUCGCGACCUCUGGAGACACAUGCGCCAUCUGUAUCGACGGUCUCGAGGACGAUGACGAUGUUCGUGGUCUGACUUGUGGUCAUGCUUUCCAUGCUGUCUGUCUCGAUCCCUGGUUGACGAACAGAAGGGCUUGUUGUCCACUUUGCAAGGCUGACUACUAUACACCAAAGCCCAGACCGCCUCCUGCUGACGGUGACCCCAAUCACCCUGCAGCAUCAAAUUCUGCCGACCCAGGCAGGAACAACAAUCGUAUGAACAUGCCUCGCCAGCCACAAAGAUCCCUUGCCGGCUGGACUCUUAGGGAUGGCCCGCGUUCCAUCUUGGGGCGUUACGGAACUAGCCCCACAGAUAGGUAUGCCCAGCCGAGAGGGAGCGGACGCGAUAGGAGACGUCCAGCAAAUAGCCAGGGCAACAGUCGUACGACUCAACGCAGCAAUGGUCGUUCCAACCGGACCACGCCGUCUACUGCCCCGGCGACCGCCUCGGCUGAGGGACAAGCAUCGCAGGGUGGCUGGCUCAGCCGAGUUAGGAAUCGACUUCCCACAAUUAGACAGAAUGCCAGCGCUGCUGAGCCAACUGCUGCGAGUGCCAACAACGCAGCGGCAGCAGCGACUACGCCGUCCCAGCUCGAGGCAGGUACGCGUUCGGCCAGCUGA